UUAGCGGUCAGUCACGUGCACACUAAUUUGCAGGAAAAAUAAGGGACAUCUUCUCUGUCAGUAACAAAUUUUGGUGUGGGAAAAAAAAUUUCCAGUUUGAUCGACUAUAGCGAGGGAAUUGUAAGGUUAAAAAAAAAUUUGAUAUUUCUUUCCUUUUUACAAAUAAAGCUAUAGUUUUUAACUUGGAAUUAUAGACCAUUAAACAAAGAUGCCUCCAAAGAUCGAUCCAAAUGAAGUUAAGUUCCUUUACUUAAGAGCCGUCGGUGGUGAAGUUGGUGCUUCAUCUGCCUUAGCUCCAAAGAUUGGUCCAUUAGGUUUAUCCCCAAAGAAAGUUGGUGAAGAUAUUGCCAAAGCUACUAAAGAAUUCAAAGGUAUUAAAGUUACCGUUCAAUUAAGAAUCCAAAACAGACAAGCCACUGCUUCAGUUGUUCCAUCUGCUUCAUCCUUAGUCAUCACUGCUUUAAAAGAACCACCAAGAGAUAGAAAGAAGGAAAAGAAUGUUAAACAUUCUGGUAAUAUCCCAUUAGAAGAAAUCUUUGAAAUUGCUAGACAAAUGAAAGAAAAAUCUUUCGGUAAGAACUUAGCUUCCGUCACUAAAGAAAUCUUAGGUACUGCUCAAUCUGUUGGUUGUAGAGUUAACUACAAAAACCCUCAUGAUAUCAUUGAAGCCAUUAACGCUGGUGAAAUUGAUGUUCCAGAAAACUAAAUGUAUCUAUAUAAUAAUAAAAAGUGUUUAAUAGGGUUUAAUCAAUAACUUUUAACGUUCUAGAAAUUCAACUUUAAAAAAUUUUUCAUAUUCCUUGUUCAAGAUGAUUAUCAAAAAAAGU